AACUUGCUUAUCAUUUAAUAGUACCAAAUUACAUUCAUCUAAACAAUCAAGAAUGUCUUUACCUCUUGUAUUAGUGGAGGUACAACCCCACAUAGUGUGAUGUGCAUUUAAAUCUCCAGAUAUGAUAGUGGGUUUAGGAAGAGACUCCAAAAAGAACUUAAAUUUGGCUUUAGUAAAACUAGGUGUACUAUUGGUAGGACAGUAAAUACUGGCAACUGAAUACCAAGAAUUAUUAACUUCAAUACUAAUAGCUAUAGUUUGCAAAGAAUUGUCGAAAAAAGAGUGAAGUUUUUUAUAUCUAAUACUAUAAUGUAUAAUAAUCGCUACUCCAUUGUGGUUAUUACCACAAUCAUUUCGUUCUAUACAAUAAUCUUUAAUUUUUAAUUUGUAAUGUGGUUUUAGCCAAGUUUCUGAGAUGAGAGCAAUGUGAAUAUGAUGUUCAUUUAAAAAUUGUGUAAAAAUAUGUCGAUUGCUCAGUAGGCUCUGAGCGUUCCACUGUAUGAUAGUUAAUUGGUCUCGAUUGAAUUUUGUGAAAUAGGUCUAUUACCAAAAGUAUCAUAUAACACAUUCAAAACACUUUUAGUGUUAAUAGAUGUGUUCUUUGUGUUAUGUAGUGAAAUAAGUUUGAUUAUGCUUUCUAUUAAAAGUGAUAAACUCUUGUUAUCAGAAUUUAGAAUUGAAAUUAGGUCUACAUUUUUUUUAGGUUUGUUACCCAGUUUAGGAAAUAUUUCAGUGCUAAGUAUAUCUCCAAAAGAAGCAGGUCUGAAUUUAGAUCUAUUUUCAGCAAUUUUCUUUUGUUUAACAGGGCAUUGCGGUGAUACACUUGUGUGAUUUCCAUUGCAGUGUACACAAAUAGCGUUUUCCAUUCCAGUUGUACAAGUUUUAUAAUUAUGCUCACCUUUGCAGAUGCUGCAACGCUCAGAAUUCUUACAGAAUUUAGCUAAAUGUCCAUACCUCAAGCACCGGUAGCAUUGUUUAACUGGUGGUAUAUAUGGAGUGACAUUGUGGCGCCAACCUCCAAUAUCCAGAUAUUCAGGUAAUACAGAUGCAGCAAAAGUAAUUGUCACGGUUAGAGUUGGCUGUAACACAUAUCCAUGAGUCAAGAUUCUGAGUCAGUAGAAGUAUCUUCCGAAUAUAUAUCCUUGUCAUUACAAGGUUCAUGGUCUACAUCACCUGAAUCGUCAUCUUUUUUUUUCCUUUUUCUACAACUGCGCUUCCCCAUGAAUGCUAAUUAUAUUACUGUCGCUGAAUUUAGUGAAAAUAUAAUAUUUUAUUCAAUAAUAAGAAUUGAUAGAGAUAGUUUUAAUAAAUUAAUAAAAAAAAAUUAAAAAACCCGCUUGUUCUUAUUCGAGUUUCCCGCGUUUUUCCCUUAUCAUGUAGAUAACCUAAAUGACAGCGGCUUGACAGGUACUGUCUAUGUCAUCAUGACAUUAGAAAUUAUUUAGUCGUAGAUAUAGAUACUGUAGUAUCAAAAAAUUUUAAUCGGAAAUUGAUUACACUCACAAAAACACUAAGUUUCCUGAUGUUAUCGCUGUAAACCCUAUUAUCUAUUUCCAUAUGUUUUCGUCCAUUUCCGUGCUCCUAAUAUUGCUUUGAAAUACUAAUAAGCUUUGGAAUUAGCUCACAAACUAAAUAGUACUCAUUUUAUUUACAUAUUGAUUUGUAUACCUAAAGGGUGAGAAAUAUUCUCUAUCUAUUUUUAAAUACGUCAUUAAAAAAAACAGUACAAUGUGGGUAGUUUAAAAUUAUUAUAUUUAAUAUAAUCAGUUUGUGGGUUUUUCUACAGAGAAACUUUUAGUUUUUUUUUUAGAAAACUACUCGGAAGACUUUAUGACUCGGUUUAAAAUAAUAACUGGCAAAAAAAUAUUUGACGAUGGAGACAAAAGACAAAACAAUAAUAAACGUUGCUAAUGACACGUGUGACGAUCUUGGUGACGAUACGGAAAACGUAAAUAAUUCCGUAGAAUUUAUAAGGAAGUGUUCAACACAGGAACUAAUCAAUAUAUCCUGGGAACCCGAUUGUUAUAAUUCCUUGCCUAGUAACAAUAAGGAUUCUAAUAAAACGCCACCAUUCGUGAGCAUUGUGAUAACUGAGGCUAGUCAAGACAACAUGAAUGUGACUAAUAAUACAACACAAACUGAAACGUUGCCGAUCAAUUGCACUAUUGAAGAUGUGAGUUUAUGUUUUUAUAAAGAAUAUAUUCCUCAAGAUUCUACAUCUAAUGAGGGCUCAGAGCGGUCAGUUGUCAGCAAACGUUAUCGAUGCAACUCCAGCGAUACCGACAACAGGGACCAUAGACCUUGGAAAAAAACAAAAUGUACCGAAUUCAGUACAGGUACUUCAAAAUCGACAGAACCCAAGGUGACCACUGAACAGUCCGCUUCGUCGAGCCAAUUGUCCAGUGCGUCUGAUGUAUCAUUUAAGUCUAUCCACAGCAACCCUUCUUUCAAGGUGCGCAAGAGACGAUUAAAAUCCGAAUCGAGUUUGUUCAGAGAUGCAUUGCAAAGAACAAGAAAACCGCACAAUAAAUCGAAUCAGUCGGAAAAUAAUUCUCAAGGUGGAACUCCUCGGAAGGAGAGGAUCCUCCGGCGGAACAGUAAAAGAUGGAAAUUUGUGGAUCUGUGCACGUGGAUAGGAAAGAAGGGAUACCAGUCCAUUACGGGACUAUACUCUGACAUAUUAAGGGACCCAAUGGGACAGAAGGAAAAUACGCACGUCGAAGAAGUGAAGGAACUACGCAAAUAUUUGGAGCAAGUUGACAUAAAGCAAUCGCGACUUGCGCGCGAGAACGAAAUUCUACAGGAGCAGAUGAUGAAAAUGAUGAGGAAGGUAGAAGAGCUCGAGGGUAAAAUCAAAAGUCAGGAGAGUAAGCCCGAGUCCUGUGCAUUGCCUACUAUACCUCCACCCCCGCCGCCGCCGCCCCCUCCACCGCCACUACCACCACCGCCGCCACCUCUGCCGCCGUCACAGCCGCUGUCCAAGCCAGUGGGACGGUCGCACACAAUACCAAGAUGCGGCUCGGCCCCACCAAGAAUCACCGGGCCCAGGCUGACCAUCACACCGCAGGAUAUAGCCAAUGUGAAGUUGAGAAAGACUAAGGAUAAUCCUGUCCGAAUGAAACCGCCACCGAAAGACGGUCGUCCGCCACUGGUGACCCAACAAAUGCUGCAGACGACGCGCGCUAAACUCGGCCGCACGAAACCUAUAGCAGCCUCUACACCCAAGCAACAGUUGCUAUUGUCAGAACUAGAGAAAUGCUUGCUGCAGGAAACGUCAGUUGCGUCCCUGUAUAGACGACGAAUCGGCCGGAAUUCUAUCCGCAGUGCGGAAGAACUCCGCCCAAGGCCGUACCCGGCGUCCCGUUGUCCCCGAUCCCCACGGUCACCACGGUCAUCACACUCACCACUCUCAUCACGUUCACCACGCUCACCACACUCGCCACGCUCCAGUUCUUUGCCUCGUGGAGGAAAUAUUGUAUCACCUUUGAAAUUCCCUAGUAUAUCGAUAACUAAUGUAAUUUAGAUAUGUCGUUUUGUACUUUUACAUAGACGAAAAUCGCUUCAUUUACCUAAUAUUCAAAGAACACUUUAUUCGGGACUAUUACGUCUCAGUUAGAAGUUAUAAGAUCUGAAUUUAGAUGACUUUUUUUAUUGAUUUUUAAUUUACUAAUGAUUUUUAUCAAUAUGUAAUUCGUAUGUACAUAUAAUGUUAACGAAUGUGUUUGUAUUUGGUAAUUGUGUAUUACGUAAAUUUAUUGUAUGUACAUGUCCAAACGAAUAUUUAGUAACAAAAAUGUUUAGUAAAUACGUGUCAUUGUAAUUUUUGUAUGGUAUUGAAAUAGGUACUUCAUUAAAGGAGUAUCUUAAGAGGGUCUCUUAAGAUACUCCUUUAAUUUAAUCUUGACUAAGAACCCCAAAUAGUGAACUUCUGUUUCAUUUUAUUAUAAUUAAGCGCUAAUUAUAAUAGUAAUUAUAUUACUUUACGUACAAUUCUAGUAGAAUAUUUUUUUUAUACCACUGACGUGGCAAACAAGCAUACGGCCCACCUGAUGGUAAAUGGUUACCGUAGCCUAUGAACACCUGCAAUACCAGAGGUAUUACGCGUCCGUUGCCGACCCUGAAGAAACCUCUUUACCCCCCCUAUAUCUAUAUAUAUAAUAAUCGGUAUUUUCCCUGUUGUUUAAUAAAUAUGUAUUAAAUUUGAAUAACUAUAUACUAGUUAAUAUUGUCGUGACUUAUCAAAGUUUUACUUCAUAGUAUUAUAGUUACAUGCCUGCUUCAUCCGCCACAUUGAUUUCUUAUACAUUUUAGUAUAUACAGAUUUAUUGAAUAUAUUUUGAAAUAUUUAGUGUUAAACUAUGUGUGUUUAUAGGCAACAGUUGGCACUUUCCAUCAGGCAGGCCAUUAGCUUGUUUACAAUUUUUUUAAAUUGUUAACAAUUGAUAUUUAUAUCGUAAAAAAUAUUAUCACAAAAUAGCAAAGUGGGUCUCUUAAGAAAAUUAAUAAUAAAAAUUAGGUAGUACAUAAUUUUUAUUUAAUUAAUCGUUCACGUUAACCUUCAAAACCGCUGAACCGAUUUUAAUUAAAUUUUGUAAAUAUGUACUGUUUGCUCCAACUCAAUAUAUAAAAUAGUUUUUAUCACGAUAUGUGACCUACAGGGUGCAAAAUAACAUUUGUCGUAUCAAUUAAUAUUUUUGUAAACAUUCGACUUCUUUAACCUCAUUAGAACUAAAAGUAGCUUAAUUAGUAUUAAUGAUUUUUAUUCCUCAAUCGCAUUUUGACCAACAUUUUUUUUUUAUUUAAUUCAAUACUCAUUUUUUUAUUUAAUAAAUAUAUAGGCAAGUAGAUUAACUACCUGAAACGUGACAGUACUCGAAACAUAUCACUUAAUUUUGAGUUAUACUUUUGUAAGUACUUAUGUACCCCAUAAUAUUAAUGUCUAAUGUGAUUCUUUUGAAAAUAAAAUAUGAUUAAAA